CGUCUGUGGGAGGUGUCUGGACUUAGACACCUAAACUAUCACACAGGUAAUAACAUUUGGAUGCAUCAUAUAGUGAUCGUUCAUAUUUAUCCAGGGCCUUAUUGAAACCAUUUGAUUGUUUACACACAUUUUGUUACAUGUAUUGUUGACAUUUAAUCUUUUUUUAAAUAAAUAAUUACUAUUAAUGCAAAGGCGUUGAACCAAGGGCCAUCAGGGUAGUUACCCCCUCUAAAAAAUACCAGAUUGGCUUUUAAUAAUUUUUAUCAUACAAUACACGCUUUAAUAAAUUAUGUUGCCCCUCCCCAUUGUAAUAAUGGAUCGACCUAAGUGCUUCAUAAUUGUCAUGCGUGACGGUUACAUUUCACAUUUAAUUUUCAUCAUUCAAAAUCAAGAACGCGUGAAACUCAAAUCCGUACGUGGUAUUGGUAAACGCGGCCGCCGCCCCGCCCUUACGUGGAUCUGGUUAAGGUUGAGUGUUGACAUUUUCAUAAUUCUGCAGCUUACUUUAGGCAUGUAGUCUCAUUCUACAUUACGCUAACUGGUAAAUUAUCUCCAAUGAGGGACCAGAUGUAACAGCGUUUGUUGCCGAGCUGUCAUUUAAUUACCCUAAUAGAUCUACAUGUGAUAAUUUCUGGAUAACGUGGUGCUACAUUAAUCGCCGAUAGUAGAUAACUGUUUUGCUGAUCGGAUGCAGCUAUCUCAAUGACAAUCUGUAGUGGUUUGGACUUUGUCCCCCGAUACACAUUAUUCAAGCAAGCACUAUCCAAAUAUAGCCGUAAUGGCUGAAAAGGGAGAAGACAAGUUAUUGACUUCACUGAACCUGUCAUGUCCUUUGUGCUUGGAAGUGUUCAAGGAUGCAACUCUUCUCACUUGUGGACACACCUUCUGUCGCAAAUGUCUUCAGAACUAUGACGAGACCCACAGCGAACUUCCUGACAUGGUUUGUCCCCUCUGCAGAUUGCCGACUAAACUGGAGGAGGAUCGUGUGUCUGGGCUCCCCGCUAACGUUACUGUCAAUGGACUGGUGGAGGAAUGUCGUUCCCCCAAUGAGGGUCAUGGAUCUCUUGAAGAUGUUUUCAAGUGCACAGCCUGUGAAUUUGGAAAGGAUGCAGUUUCCUUUUGCAUCUCUUGCAGUCAUUACAUGUGCGAGGACUGUCAUGGCGGUCACUGCAAGUUAAUAACAUCAUUUUUCAAGGGUCACCAGGUAGUUUCUUUGGAUGAUGUGAAGGAGAAGAAUAUCAGCAUUGAUGAGUUGUCCUACAAAUGCUCCGUGCACAAGCGAGAUGACAAAGAUUUGUUUUGCGAGGACUGUAAGAUGUUUAUCUGCUAUAAGUGUACGAUCGUGGGUCAUCGUGGUCACAUCAUCAAGAACCAACCCGACGUUGAGAAUGAGCUGAAGGGUAUAGUAGACCGUCUUAUCACACGCUGUGAUUCUAACAUAGCAUCACUGAAGCUAAAUAUUGAAGUCAUUGAAACCAAGAAGGAGGGAGUUCUUGAUGCUGCCCAGAAGCUACGGGCUGAUGUCAUGGAGGCAGUUCAUGGGAAGAUUAACCAGCUACAAGAGGAUGAGCGUAUGCUUCUUGGACAAAUUGAUGCAUUGCAGGAGAGGUGUGACGGCGACCUAGAUGCCUUAAGGGAGUAUGACCUACAGAGGAUCAACUGCAUCUCCCGGUCAAUGACCAUGAUGCAGGACGGCAUCAAGACGCGCCAUCUUGAGAUGGAUAAAUUAGCUGCACACUCGAUAGUUUGCGAGGAACUGGACAAUCUUCUGCUCGAGACCCUUGACGACACGUCUGCAACGGAUAUAGUGGAGAGCGUGCAAGAAGUGAGAUUUCUUCCUACCGAUGAUAUGCAUCAAGAAAUCGGGCAGUUCUCAAAUCCGUCUUGUAGAGUCCUCAGCAAAUUCGAGCUACCUAAACACAUACAAGGAAUGGUCAAGAAAACCAUCAACAGCGUUGUUAUUGCCCAAUACGGUGGACAGAGUGUCAUCAGCAUUGAUUCCAAUGGCGAGAAGCAGGACAUGCAGAAGUUACCGUCAAUGUUCUAUUACGACAUUGCCUUUCAAAGCAGGUCCAAGAUGGUGGUAUCUUCCAAUUCCUACUAUGAAAUCCAUGUGCAUGCCAAGGAUGGAUCUCGCUUAGCAACGAUGGAGAUACCACGGGGUGGCGACUAUCCCAGGGUGAGCAUAGGUCCCUCAGAUGAGAUCCUGGUCGCUAAUAAGUCAAACCAGGUCUUCAUCUAUGAGUCAAGUGGUCAAACCCUGACGCACACCGUACCGACUGCCAGCGCACCGAAGCAAGCUUUUGCUACCAUGUCAGGUGCCAUCGUCACGAGUUCUUGUGAUGCCAACCCUAGUGUGGUACAGGUCUACGACAGGGAUGGUAGGGCAGGAGAAGCCAUUCGAGCUAGCCAAGGCGAAUACCUCUACCCUGCUGUGGAUAGUAAGGACAGAGUCUUCAUUGCAAGAGUCAAGAAGGGUAGAGUUCAGAUCGCACUCUACGAACUGGAAGGCCUUGAUCUAAGGAAGAAAGCACAGUUUGAAGAACAGAAAGUAGCCACUGGUAGCAACGCAUGUUAUUUGGUUUGCCUGUCCCGUAGCAUGCUUGCAUUAGCCAGUGGAUGUUGGCUUUACUUUGUCAAGGUUCCCUACAUCUAAACUGCAUAUCACUGGUUGAUAAGGAGACUUUUUACUUCCGGGGGGGGGGGGGGCUUUAGGGGUAUUGGAUGUGACACCCCAUUCAGAACUUCUAUUGGCAACAAAAAGAGAGGAUAUUUCAUUUUAGAUAUAGAACAACAAAAUGCUGUCUGCAAAUUUCAAAACCUGAGAGCCCCCACCCCCACCUGUUCAUAUUAGAAGAAGAAAAACAUUGGCAAACUCAUCUGCAAGUUCGAUCCAUUUGACACCAGUUAACGGGGUUAAUGGCAUCACCUCCAUCUAUUUCGUAUUUCG